UGGUCUUGGUCUUCAUCUACUUUUUUUGUUUAGAUUUGCAAAGCUGGCGAUUAAAAAAAAUAAAAAAUAAAUCGCCACUCGGAGAAGAAGCUGAUUGAUUAAGACGUUAAUAGGAAGCAUUACUCUGUCCCUCGGGGGUGAGCUGCUUUGGCUCGGUGUGGCGGCGUCCUCUCCACAUGCGGCGUCCCUGCCUUUUAAAACGGGCGCACAUUGCAGUAUAGUGUCACAGCUUCUGUGCGCGUAUCAGUCGGAAUAGAAACCAGGAAAUUAUACUCAGUAACCUACUUGGCUGGUAAAACCAGGAAGAAACACAAACUAUGGACGCGUAGAUAAUUUUGCUUUGUGAAAUGCGGAAUGAAUGGAUUGCCAAAGUGUACUUGGCUUCCUGUCCCACAAAUCGGCGAUGCCUGCAGAUCUGGCGUUACCGCUCUACCUAUCCGGGGAGGAGCUGUGCUGCAGGCGAGGGCCGAGGCUGGUCGAGCCUCUGAGGCCGUGCCUGCUCCGUUGCUCCAACCUACGAGUGACGCCGCGGCCACCACAAACGCAUCACGCUGGAGAGGAUGAGGAGCAUGGCAAGGCCAAGAAGCAGGUGUCCUUUGCGGACCACAAGGGGCAAGCGCUCACCAUGGUCAAGGUGUUCUCUGAGUUUGAGGACCCCGUUGACAUUCCGUGCAACAUCUCAGAAUUCCUGAGUCCCGUGGUCAGCCCGUUCCCGGACGACGGGCGCCUGGUCCUGGAUUUCGCCCAGCCGUCCUCAGACUACGUGGAGUUCCGGCAGAGGCUGGACAGGGAACGUGUCUGUCUGGAGCACUGCGUGUUGAAGGAGAGGUCUCUUGCAGGCACUGUGAAGGUCAAAAACCUGUCGUUUGAGAAGAGCGUCAAGAUCCGCGUCACCUUCGACACAUGGAAGAGCCACGAGGACGUCGAGUGCCAGUUCGUGAGGGAUACCUACGGAGCAUCUGACCGUGACACCUUCUCUUUCGAGGUGGCUAUUCCGGAGCAGCUGCACCCGCACAAGCGCAUCGAGUUUGCAGUCUCUUACGAGGUUGCUGGCUGCACCUACUGGGACAGCAACCAUGGCCAGAACUACAGGAUAAUCCAGUCAGCACUGAAGAACACUGCCCCUAGUGGCCAUCAAGGGCUGGGCCUCGACCAAUUGGGCAUACACUUUGACCGCUAUGGCAGUCCCCGCUGCUCACACGGAAUCUUCCCAGAGUGGCCGAGCUAUGCUGGGUAUCAAGAGAUUGGGCCGUAUUAUUGACUAAAGGGAAGUGAGGACUUCCUUUCACGGCUUCGUUCCAGAAGAACAGGACUCAGGAGAUCGGGUGGGGGUCGAGGGGUGUUCUCAGAUUGUGGAUGCAGUAGUCGAAUGUUCUUGCCUCCCGCAGUCAGCAGUCCGCAGAGUUGCAAAGUGGCUGAUUUGUGCAAUAUAAUAUGCAAUUUGCAAUGCAGGUUGCAUCAUUUAACAUGAUUAGAUCAUUUACGUCUACAGUUAAAUACCUGUAGUCGUCAUGGUGAUUGAGCUGAUUUGCGCUCUGGAAUAGCUUGGGUGGGUCUUGAUUGUUGCAGGUUGACUUCCUGCAGGCAGGAGCUCUGGUGCUUAUGGUCCUUGAGAUAAACUAUGUGUAUUUCUGUGCACAAUGGCCUACCUGGGUGGUUUUGAAGUAGACAUGAGCUGCUGGAUGUCAUGAAAUAUGCUCAUGGUUAACUGUCAUUCUUGUUUUUCCUUAAACUCUGCAAGUUCAGGGAUUUAAGUCCAGCAGGUUAAAGGAGAUGGUACCAGGGAGAGUGCAGCUGUGGAAGGCUGGUUUUGGGGGGCGGGGGAUACAGGAGUUACUGAGAUGUGACACUUAGUGGAGUGAGGUGGGCCGGCCAUGUGCUGGAUGGACCUGCACACCAGGCUUUGGCACAUGUGGCCCGAAGGGCAGUCAGCUCUGUAACUUGGGGCUGCGGAAAGGGGCCACCCGCGCCACAUGGAUGCCACAGUCUGGCCAAUGAGGUCAGUCACUGCUGCUGGAGCUUCGUGUCCCAAUGCUGCUCAUCUGAGCCAGAUUUUGUCAUAUUGGCUCUGCACCAGGCUGCCCCUUGCUGGAGGCAAAGGAGAGGUACAUGAAAUUUUAAAUUUUUUAAUCUGACUGAAUAUAUAUAUUUUUUUGUAAGUUGAGUUAUUUCCUGAAUGUUCUGCUUUUGGCACUGUAGCAUGGUUUUAUCUGUAUUAUGAUUGAAUGCAAACUUCCACUUGUUUAAACUGUUAAGACUGCUCAGUGAAGGUGACUGCUGAUCACCCGUGUCCGGUGGCUUAUUUUUAAAACUGAAAUGGGCUGGUCAUGUUAAGGAUUCUCCCUGUUAGUGGGUUUAAAUUCAAUUCUGAAUUGCACUUUUCAAAUUAGCAUUACAAUUUAAGGUUUAAUUUCUUGCUUGGUCACAAAAAGAGGUUUUGAAUUUAUAAAAAAAAAAAAUAUAUAAAUAAAAAUCACCAAGGACUGGCGCUUAACUAGUGCCGUCAUUGGUGGGGUUCAGAUGUGUUCUUUGUCUACUGAUUUGCAUUGAAUAAAAUCACUUUCAAACGAUUUUAAAUGUUUUCUUUUUCUAAAAAAAAAAAAAAAAAAAGGGAUUGCUGUUUGUUGGAAAGUACGAACAGGCUGAUCGGGAGGGGAGAGACUGGAAACACCCCCCCUCAAAUAUAGUGUUAUCCGCUUUGUGUACUGUUUUAAAUGCAAUGUAAAAAUGAUUCGCAAAAUAAAGAUUUGGAUUCUCCUG